GCAGGUGAGCGGUGCUACGCUGCAGAAUGGUGACGGGAAAUUCAGUUUUGCUAUAACCGUCGGCUGGUGGACAGGCCGGAAGACUGGCUCCGCGAAAUAGUCUCGAGGAAAGCUCGGUGACCGUACACGACUAUCGCGAUAAGCGCACAUUUCUUCCGUGCUUUACGUUUCGCUCACGUCGGGGACCCGAUAAACGCGCCAUGGACUUUCGCACCUUUGUUAUGAUACUGCUGUGCGCGUCGUCCUACGCCGAGGAUUACGAGAGAUCUGGAAACAACAACAAGCCGAUCGCCAGCGAGAACGAAACCGCAGGAAAAGACGAGCCUCCCGAAGGGUACUACGCGUUCGUCGAGUCGCCAAACGCGGAACCACCCCGGGUCCGACCACCGCCGUACAUCGAGAGCGACAAAGAAUGUUACGAUAGCGGUAAGCAGGGAAAGGGAUUCGUCUCGAUACACAAUAUCUGCGGCGACUUGAACAAAGGCUUCAUUCCGCGGAAUCCGAUGAAACAAUACGUGAACGGCACGUCGUAUCCUUUCGCAUUGAUAAAGAACCACACCCUCAAGUUCCUCAGCAAAGCGUUACCGAUCCUCAAGGCCGACGAUUCGCUGCCGAAAGUCGCAAAAGUGCACCCGCUCUCGCAGAAUUCCGUCGAUAUGGACGAGGAAGAGAAACGCGGUAGAAGUAAAAGAUCCAGUCCGACAGAUUCGACUAUAACUACGGAUUCCAGUCGAAACGGCCGCAAGUUUUGCGAAAACGGUGGCGGAGUGGUGUGCAUGCUGUACAAGGCAAUUCAAGGCGAACCGAUCGCGUCGCCGGCGUCGGUUAUUGAGCGCCGGGACGAGCCGUCGACGUCCGAGUAUCGACGUGGUGAACGCGUACCGUCGCAGGAGAAAACUGAAUACACGGGGCCACCGACACCAUGCCCGGCCAAGGUCGAGUACGCCACUCCGGUCUUCGCCAAGAACUACCAGGGCGUGUGGAGAUACGUGGUGCAGAUACCGUACGAGGGUUACUUCACGCAGACGAUCGAGCUCACCAGAUGCAUGCAAUCGAGAUGUCAUUACUUGGACGGAGGAUGCUUGUCGUCACCGAGAUGGACGAGUCUGCUGGUCGCCGAGAUAUUUUAUCCGGACACAUUUAUAGAGGAGAAUCAAGGCUCCGGCCCGACAACCGGAUCUGGCACACGAGAGCCUGUCGCUGGAUCGCCGCCACCGGUCCACGACUUUCAAAAUUAUCAGCAGUAUUUGCAGAAACGUGCGAGCACGGGAGAGGCACGUAACAACGGUAGCGUUCAGCAACACCACUGCGACGGUGUCGACGAAAUGGGUUGCUUCCAGGUGCGACUGUAUUACGAUUGGUUCUUGGUGCCGGGAAGCUGCAAGUGCUGGCGGCCGGAUUAUUUCAAUCGAUACGUUCGUCGCAGCGGUUCCAACGUUGAAUUAUGACGAGGCUCACGAGGACACUCUCAAUUCCCCUCGUGUGAUUACAUCGAUCGUAACUGCACGCGCUGACGAGGCUGACAGCAACUCAGCUGAAUCGCUCGAUACAUCGCGUGCAACCAAACGUUGGCACGUGUUUACUUAUACGAGAUAUUAUUUAUUCAAAGCGCCACGUGCACCGCGUCGACGGAAUUAUUCGAUUUUCGCUAAUUUGUAAAGGCGGUAAUUCCAUAGGCUAUAACGUUUAAGACGAUCGAACGUAUUUGACUAUAUACUUUGAUAGACUGCUAGCAUCCACGACUUGCUACUAAAUCUAUGUCAAAUAAGAAAGGCCUGUAUGUGUAUGUUAAAAAGGAGAUGAAGAGAGACGUCGCAAUCGACGUUCUCCACAGAGAAAGAGAGAGAAAAGUCUCUUUUAAAUUCGCGUUAAAAAAAAGAAAGAAACCUAAAAAUUAUACGCAAAGUUUUCCUCGGCUCUGCAACACGUAAUGCAAGUUUUUCGUGGAUUCCCAUGGUUUCACGAUGCAAUCUACAUUUAUCCGUUUUUAAGAUGUGGAUUUAGAAAUGAACGUACGACAUAUCGCUGUGAUUUUGUUAUUGAAAUUGGUCGAGGAAUCUGCUGUUAUUUAUCAAAUGCAUUUUCUCUCAUAUUUAUUUCAAAUUCAAUGACUAGAGAUUAAUGUUUAUCCAUGACGGAAUCUCUCUUCGCUAAAUAAUAAGUACGACGUGUAAUAAGUGAUAAUAAAGAAGUCAAGCAAGCGAGUAGACGCGUACGAGAAGGGUCGACAGUGAAAAUCACCAAAUGAUGCGCUCUUCUUCGACUUCCUUACAAAUCUCACUACUAAUUCGCUGUAUAUGCAUGUGCAUUCUUUACGUAGGACAUAUACGUAAUAUAUACAUACACGUAAGAUAUCGCCUACGUAAAGAAUAAUUGUUAGAAAUAUCACGCGCAAAUAUUGAAAAAUUGUUUAGGCUAACCUCGGAUUCGACUGGACUUAGUAAUAUAUUUAUCUACAUCGGUUUAGCGAACAACUAAUUGUACUAAAUUCGUCCAACUUUAUAAAAUAAACGCUUGGGUGAACACGCAA